AUGAGUCUUUCCACGCAGCUACGAGAGCGAAAUGCUGAAUUGGCCGAAAAUGCACGAGAGAAGCUGAAAAACGAGUGCAUCAAGUUCACCGAGUACAACAAGGGCGCCACGACGGUCGAUUUGAUGAUGGAUUGGAUCUGGCGUCCGAAGGGCCAACGUCGUUCGCCGUGGGGAUUAAUUGACGACUUCAUCCUCCACGAUAACGUCAAUCGCGUAGACUUUGCCGUUCUGCACGCCUACCGAUUUGGACAAGCCUUGAUCUUCUACUGGGAUGAGAAAAAUCGCUCGGUGUGUUUGAUAGGUUGCGAGUACAAUUUUCGACGUGGUCGAUGCCUCGGAAGUUACGAGAGAAAUGGAAAGGCCCUGGCGAGGAUUAGUGCUUUAAUGGCCAAAUCGCAACUCCUCCUCAAGCGAAAUCCGGGCCGGGCCGUGGAGACGAAGGAGAAGCUGAGGGAUGAGUGCAUCAAGUUCAACCACUACAACAAGGGCGCCACAAAAAUGGACUUGAUGACGGAUGCGAUUUGGCGUCCACGAAGCCAGCGUCGCUUUCCGUGGGCCCUAUUCGUGAAAGGACUGCAUCAAAUUUUUCGGAGUCCGAUUUAUCCGUUGGACAGCUCGCUGAACCAUGCCUACGAAUUCACGAAGGCCUUCGAGACCAGGGGCCCUGAUGAGAACCAUAAGGCUAUCGUGAAACUCGUCCCGUACUUGAAUAAUAUGCAUGCGAUGAAGGGCAGGCCGGAUCUACCAUUCAAUUAUCAUCCUUGCUCUGUUAUCACCAAGGACGGCGGAAGCAUGUUUCUACCCAAUAUCUUCUCAUCAUUCCUUCGACUCCUUCUCACAAAUUCCACCGUUCAAGAAGUUUGUAUUUCG